AGUCAGAGAUUAGAUGUAAGAGGUGAAAGAUGGAAGGAAAAAUUAUAACGUGUCGUGGUGCAAUAGUAUGGGCUCAACAAGAACAAAUGAAAAUUGAAGAGAUUGAAGUUGACCCACCACGUAAAGGUGAAGUUCGCAUUAAAAUAACUGCAACGGGAAUUUGUCAUUCAGAUGUUUCGGGACAAGCAGGGAAAUUGGUUUCAACAAAGUUUCCAGUUAUUCUAGGACAUGAAGGUGCCGGCAUUGUUGAGUCAGUUGGUGAAGGUGUCACAAAAUUCAAAGCCGGGGAUCAUGUCGUUCCAAUAUUUCUUCCGCAAUGUAAAAAUUGCAUGUUUUGUAAAAGCGAUAAAACAAAUUUCUGUGUUGAAUUUGGGACACAACAGAGAGGUGUAAUGUCAGAUGGCACAUCGAGAAUAAGAUGCCGAGGUCAGAGUAUUCACACAUUUCUAGGAUUUUCAACUUUUCUGGAAUAUUCAGUAGUCCCGGAAAUAAAUCUUGCGAAAGUAGACAUGAAAGCGCCGCUUGAUAAAGUUUGUUUGUUUAGUUGUGGCGUCACAACAGGCUACGGUGCUGCAGUGAACACAGCAAAAGUCACUCCAGGAAGUACUUGCGCUGUUUGGGGGCUUGGCGCCUUGGGCCUCGCUGCUGUAAUGGGAUGCAAAAACUCGGGUGCAUCUCGAAUAAUUGCAAUUGAUAUAAAUUCAUCAAAGUUUGACAUUGCAAAACAUUUCGGCGCUACUGAAUGUAUCAAUCCAAAUGAUCUUGACAUACCAAUCAAAGAUCAUUUAAAAAUGAUAGCACAUGGUGGUGUUGACUACACUUUUGAAGCAGUUGGAAAUGUUGAAAUAAUGAAACAAGCUUUUGAAUCGGCGAUGCCAGGCUAUGGAGUUUGUGUGCUUAUUGGCGUUGCACCGUAUAAAGCAGCUAUGACGCUUUCUCCAAUGGACUUUCAGCUUGGAAGAACAUUAAAAGGAACAAUAUUUGGUUGUUACAAAAGUGUUGAUUCUGUUCCAAUGCUUGUCGAUGAAUAUCUCAAUGGAAAGAUUAAAAUCGAUGAAUUCAUUACACAUCAUAUGAAGUUGGAAGAAAUAAAUGACGCAGUUGAUUUGAUGCUUCAGGGUAAAAGUAUCAGAACUAUAAUUGAUAUGAAAAUUGCAGAAUAAUAAUAAAUAAUCACUUUUUUAUUGAUAAUGUUUAUGGAAGUACUUAAUCCGUUGGGUGUAAGUUCUUUAAAAAUUGCUUCAGAGUUAUUUAAAAGAUUUCAAGAAAUUUGCUAUCUUAAUGCUUAUAAGCUGCUUUCUGAUAAGAAAACAAAUAAAAUGUUUUAUCAAACAAUAAAUUUUAUUAU